CCUCCUGUCUCUUCCCUUGCAGGUCCGACGGCACUCAGAGGCGCACCCUGCAGGUGGAUUACAUCCCCUACAUGGACGGGCUGGCCGAGGAGAUCGGCGCCAGGCUCAACAUCAAGCGUUUGUUCCUCACCGACCCCUGCCUGGCCUUCCGGGUCUUUUUCGGGCCCUGCUCACCCUACCAGUUCCGCCUCACCGGGCCGGGCAAGUGGGACGGCGCCAAGGCGGCCAUCUUGACUCAGUGGGACAGGGCCAUCAACCCGACUCGCACCCGCAUUCUGGAUGGGGGCUCGGAACUCAUCUCCCUCACCCUCCUGCUCAAAAUCUUGGCCGUCCUGGCCUUAGUCUGUGCGUUCGUCCUCCUGAUGUGAAACGCCCCCUAGGGGUGAUAGGGGUGGAAUUCUCCAUCUCUCCUGUCCUCCCUCAUCUUCCUUGACUUUCAGCCAACUGUACCUUCGGCACAAACUAUUAAAGAGCUGGGGCUUUGCAAUCACGA